AUGCUUCCACUGGGCGCGCUUCUCUUCUUCCUCCUCGGCUGCAGUGCAGGCCACGCUCCCCACUUCACACAGCAACCAGAGGACCUAGAGGUUGUCCUGGGGGAGGAGGCCAUCCUCCCCUGCGCGCUCAGCGGCUACCACGGCUUGGUUCAGUGGACAAAGGAUGGCUUAGCCCUAGGGGGUGAACGGGAUCUGCCUGGGUGGUCCCGAUACUGGAUCGCAGGAGACAGGGCCAGUGGCCACCAUGAUCUGCACAUUGGGCCAGUUGAACUUGGGGAUGAAGCCUCCUAUGAGUGCCAGGCUACCCAGGCUGCCCUUCGCUCGCGGCCGGCUCGGCUCCAAGUUCUUGUUCCCCCAGAAGCACCCGAGGUGCUAGGGGCUCCAACUGUGGCUCUAGUUGCUGGGGUUCCUGGGAACCUGACCUGCCGGACCCGAGGUGGCGCUCGCCCCACCCCUGAGCUGCUCUGGUUUCGGGACGGUGUUCGUCUGGAGGGAGCCAGCUACAGCCAGACCCUGCUGGCCAGCGGGAACUUGGGAGCAGCGGAGAGCUCUCUCUCAAUCACCCCCUCUGCCCGGGAUGAUGGCGCCUCCUUCAUCUGCCAGGCCCGGAGCCCAGCCCUGCCCAGGGGCAAACAGACUGAAGUCACCCUCAGCCUGCAGUAUCCCCCCGUGGUGACUCUGUCUGCCGAGCCCCAGACAGUGCCUGAGGGUGGGAAGGUCACCUUUCUGUGCAGAGCAACAGCCCAUCCCCCAGUCACUGGCUACAGGUGGGCGAAAGGGGGAUCUGUGCUUCCCGGAGCUCGGGGGCCUCUGUUGGAGGCAAAAGCUGAUGCUUCCUUCCUGACUGAACCUGUGUCCUGCGAGGUGACCAACGCCGUGGGCAGUACCAACCGGAGCACAGCACUGGAUGUGCAGUUCGGCCCCCUCCUCCUCUCCCCACCUGAGCCAGUGGCAGUGGAUGUGGGGGAAGACGCCUCUUUCACCUGCACCUGGAAGGGGAACCCGCCCCCCAGAGUGACCUGGACCCGCCAUGGGGGGACGAAGGUCCUGGGCUCGGGGCCCACGUUGCGCCUAGCGGCUGUGGGGCCGGGGGAUGCAGGAAAUUAUGAGUGUCGAGCGGAGCCAGGCCCCUCAGGAGUGGGGGGCGGCCUGGGGGAGGCAACACUGACUGUGCAUGGCCCCCCCGCAGUGACUGCUCUGCAUUCGCCCCCGGCUGCCCUGGGAGCCCCUGCCCGGCUGGAGUGUUUAGUGCUCGGCUCUCCAGCCCCCGACGCGGUGGUCUGGUCCUGGGGCGAGGGCGCCCUGGCCUCGGGAGCUCGAGGCCGCUUCCUAGUGGAGACAUUCCCCGCCCCAGGGGCCCCGCGCGGGGGCCGCCGGGGGCUGGUCUCGGUGCUGCACAUCUCCGGGACUCGGGAACCGGACUUCAUCCGGGACUUCAACUGCAGCGCUCGCAACCGCCUGGGCGAGGCCGGAGCCCGGGCUGGCCUGACCCGCAGUGACCCACUGCCCCUGGUGCGCAUCGUGGCCGGAGUGGCUGCGGCGGCCGCCGCCUUGCUGCUGCUGCUGAUCGCGGGGGGCGCCCACUGCUGCUGGCGCCGAGGCCGAGGCUCCAGAGCCAGGAUCUCCAAGCGGGACAUACUAGUGCAAAUCACCGACAGCGACGGUUCCAGCCCUCGGGCGCCCGAGGAGGAGGAGGAAAGCGGCCGGGAAGCCCGGGUCCCCAGCAGCGAGUCCGCCGGCACGUCCCUCCCCAAGCAGAACGAUCUCGCGGGCGACGAAGAGGCGGGGCCUGAGUCCAAGGAUCCCACUAAUGGCUACUAUAAGGUUCGAGGUGUGAGUGUGAGCCAGGACCCUGGAGCCGCCCUGUUCUCCUCUCCAGCAUCUCCCGUCUUCUCGGGCAGUCCUUCUGGCUUCUAUGACCUGACCCCUCACCUGGCCUUAUUCCCCCCAGACCUGGGUGGUCUCUACCGGCCUCGGGAGGGUUACCUCACCACUCCCUACACCCGAGCUUUCACCAGCUACGUCAAACCCACCCCCUACGGAACCCCUGACCCGGCUCCGGGGCCCUCGCCUUAUUCCUACACGGUCAUCCCCGUUCCUGGCCACCAGCGCCUUCAGACCCACGUGUGACCUGCCCCUCAGACUGAUAGCUGGUCACCCACGCCAGCCAAUGGGAGGCCUCUGUAAAGGGUCCAGGCCUUUCUUGGGUCUAAUCAUUGGGCAACCAAGAAGGUUUCCCCCUCAAGAUAGCAACCCAAGACUGGAUAUGGGGGUGGGGAGGAGGAGCCUGACUUUGAUGGACACCUGGCUCAGCAAAUGGAAAAGGCCCAAGUGUAAACAGGACUCUCAAUUCACUUGAGUCAAGAGAACUCAAAAGUGGCAGAUGGGCUAGGAUGGGCAAGGGGAAGCGACAAGUCUGGAACCAAGGAGACUUGCUUUCAAUGUGGGGGAGAAAAGGCCUGCCCUGCCCAGGAAGCAGAUUUGUGAUGGUGUAAGGACCGAGAACGGAUGCUUCUCCAUUGCCUGGUAGAUGGCAGUCUCAUGGAAACUGUGCCAAGAUGGCUUCUGACACCAGGGAUGCAAGAUGGUGGACUCUGGUGCCACACCAGCCUGAUGCAGGGAAGGAGGGAAUGGGGGCACAUUUCUUGCGAUGACCCCAUUGCUGAGGCAAAUACAAAUCCGGAAAUAAGGAGUGAAUGUUGGGGUUUGAAUAUUUAUGUUUAAUUAAAAAAAUGGAAAA